AUGGCGGAGCAGCUACUACGCUGGCUCAAUCAUGAGCUGCAGCUGUCAACGCACGUAAUUAACAUCGAAAUAGACUUUGCAAACGGUUACUUGCUUGGUGAACUGCUAUAUCGCCUUAACCAACAACACAAUCUCGCUGACUUUGUACGCAACUCUAGUGCUGACGCCAAGGUCAUCAACUUUUGUCUUUUAGAGCCUACAUUAUGCCGCCUCAAUGUUAAAUUUGAUGCGAAUGUGGCCGCCGGUAUUAUGAACAAGAAGAAGGACGUAGCUGCAAAUCUUUUGUACCAGAUCAAGAUGGCUGCUGCUCGAGUUAGCAGAGCACCUGGUAUCUCUACAAGGUUGAUGGAGCGGACGGGGAUUAUUCCUCUGCAUAAUCGGCCAGAGAAGCUUGCUAAAUCAACGUAUGAUAUGAACAUGUCCCGGAUAUUUAAGCAAACAAUUCGACGUCGUGUUCGGUCAAUCAAGUCGCUGCAACAAGAAGAGGAUCAAAUUGAAGAGGAUAAGAAGAAUCAAAGAGCCAAUCUGGCGAGACUUGCUGAGCAGAAGGAGUAUUUGGAGGCAACAAUAGCAGAGAGAAGGCAUCGUGCCUUCCUACAUAACAGCUACAUUCAGCAAGCUAUAGGGGAGAUGGACAAGGCAUCGUGGAAAAUGGCGUUGCAGAAAAAGAAUGCUCGCGAGCAACGGCAAGAUGCAUUCUUUCGGCAGUUGACGAAUAAACGGCAGGAAGAGGAGAAAUCUCUUGCUGCUAGCUUGCGCCGAAAGGUGUGCUGUGAUCUUAACGAAUUUGAUACAAUAGGUGAAUUGAGAACCGUAAUGUCGGGUUGCAAUAUUAGUCCGCGCAAGUCGAAAGGAUUUGGCCUGCGGUCACUUACCACAGCGCUCAACACAGCAUUUGAGAAGGAGAAACAUCUGACACCGAAUUUUGCGAUGAAUGAAAGAGAAGUACAACCAAAUCCGUCUGAGACGGCAAUCGCAGCAGAUGUCAUUAAGCACCAGCGGCAGCAACGUGAAAAACGCAGGAAAGAUCUAGCUCUAAGAAGGCAGCGGUUUCUCCAAGAGUGUGCUUUAUCUCAAAAUCGACUACAGACCACUCGUGAAGCGAGUUUAUCGAAACAGUUGGUGCUUCAACCUACAAAUAGCGAAAAAAGUCAAAACAGUGAAAUAAAUUGCAUUCUCGCGUACACGGAUGUAGCUAUUGAAAAUAGGCUUGUUCGGAAUCGAGAGUAUGUGAAACAGCAAGAGUUGGACUUGUUGGCUACGAUUGAUCGUGAUGCAUGCUAUUACCGCAGUAUAAUUCAUCAAUUUGAAGAUGAUAUCGAGAUGCAGAUCGUACAACGAAGUGACGUUCAGGCUUCUAUUAACGCUGCAAGCCGAUUUGCAAGUGAGCAAAUUUCAAGUUUGAUUGUGGAUGAUUUGAUUAAGUUUGUGCUAUUUAUUGCAAAAAAGCGAGAAGAAACUUUGCAUCUUCGGGACUCUGACAUGUUUUUGACGUUAGAAACAUGGGAUGAGUAUAAAUUUCAAUUCGCUAACGGUUUGAGUUUCGAAGAUUUGAUUCCUUGGUUCGCCGUUGAAGCAUUCGGCGAAGAUACGUCACUGGAUAGUCAUGAACUAGAUGAAUAUCUGUCGCGAUUCCAACCACUUCCGACAAUCUUGGAACAAAUACCUCUUUCAUCUACGAGGAAUGAAGACACACUUUUUCCUGGGGCGACCGAAAUUAUCGAGGAUCAUUUUGUGCUUGGAGAAGAAGUGAAAGCUUUACGGUGGAUUUCGCGUCUCUCGCCAGUCUCUGCAGCCGACAUUAUUCAGGAGAAAUGCACCUUCGACGGAUCUAGUGCUGAGUUAAGCCUUGGCGAUCCCGUUCGGCCAGCAAUAAAACCUCGUCAAGAACUUCGAAUUCUUGUCUUUGGCCCUCCUUGUUCCGGUAAGGCGACUUUAGCGAAGCUCUUAUGUGAAUCGCAUAAUUUGGUCGUGAUAUCAGUCCAUGAAUUCAUUUUCGACGCUAUUCAAAGCUCAAGUGAGCUCGGUGAUCAAAUAAAUGGUUUUCUUAUCAAUGGAAAGGAACUUCCUCCGGAGCUUUACAGCCGCGUUGUGAUUGAAGCAAUCAAGAAGAAUGAUAUGCAAGACCACGUACGGUAUGAUAAAGCCGGAUGGGUAAUGCAUGAUCUGCCUGCAACUUUACAACAUGAUCAAUAUCUGGAUCAAUGCCUUACAGGAGAUAUGGAUGUGGCUGCUCCUGAAUCACCAUAUCAAUUUAUGUCUGCUAUCGCUUUGGGUCGACCUAGACCUCCGUUGUCUUCAGCCUUUUUUCAUGAUGUUUGGGAAGAGUUGAGGACUGCGCAACUGGAGACAAGUAUCAUUUAUGAGCUUUUGUCGCUUCAUUGCUGGGCGAAAGAUGAGUUUCAGCAUGACCACAAGGCCUGGUACAGAAAAUUUGACACAUUGCGUGAGCUUUCUUGUGCCGAGAUGUCUAUGGCCGAAAUGCACGAAGCCAUUGCCAGAAUCGUUGACCAAGUUCUGAGAGAUAGACAAAGGAAAGCUGAGGUGAAGCAGCAAAAGCAAGAAGCAGAUGAACAAGCUUUAAUGUUGUCCGAGGAAGAACGACAAAAGCGCUUUAAUGUCUUCGAAACAGAAAUUUACGAGACUAAUGCGACAGUGACAAAAAUUGAGGCUUCUUUAGCAGAGGCGGAGUUAGCCAAAGUCAAGAAAGAAGAGAUUAUGGAGCUUCGGAAGAAACUAGACGAAGCUAGGCGUCAAUUUGAUGCUACGAUAGGCGCCGCACGAUGCUGGGUCAACGGAGAAAAAGUGUGUAACUUUGUGACAAAGAGCAAACUUCCCGGUGGACUCUCACUAGCAUCUGCCCAAGUUUUAUCGGCGAUAUGGAAUAAUAUGGAGAUGGAGUAUGUAUCAACAGUAAAAGCGAGUUUUUCCAUGCUUCGCAAACAGCGACAUCGUGUGACCGAUCGCAUGCAACAAAUAAUAUGUAAAUUUUGUGAGUUUGUCCGACGUCCUGAUAAGAAGCAGUUGAUCGUUAAUGAAUUUCAAUCUUCGUUUAACGAAGUAAUUGAUGAGAUGCGCUUUGAAGAAUUUACAAAGGUGGAAUUGCAUGCACGUACAGAUAUUUUUCAGGAUAAUUUAGUGACUUUAGUUGAGGCCAAAGUUAAAGAGAAUAAUGAGGAGCUCGAUAGUAUGAUUGACGAUAAAUGGGUCGAAGACAUGUGCCAACAAGUUGCUGUGAUUUAUCAAAUGGCUCUCCAAGCAGAACGUGAUCGCUUUCAAGUAUCUGUUCAUGUUCUUCUUGAUGGUCACUACGUUGCGAGUUCAAAUCGGUCUCAGCUGAAAAGCAUUGUCGAGUUGUGGCAAAGUUACCGAUCUCGCUUGGAGUCGCCUUGCACCGUGUAUCGCAAUUCAGUGGAUGAUCUUUUGAUUAAAAAUGCAUCACCACCCGUUGCAGCAGAUAAAACAUCCUCGAAAGGCAAGGCGAAGGCCUCUGCUCCUGCCGUUGUGCCCUCAACGAAUGUCACCGCUACGAUUGUAAAUGCGCCAGCAGAUUCCUUAACAAUGACUGAAUUAUUGGCCGAGUAUACGCACGUUCUUAAGCUUUGUAGCUCGUGGAUGGAAGCUAUUGCUCCGAUUGCGAAUGCUGCAACUUCACAAGAUGUAGAGAGUGAAGCUGCUGACCAACAAAUUAAUGGUGAUUUCUGUAUGGCCAACUUGUUGAAUGGACUCAAAUAUGAAUGCAAAGCAAUGGAGCGACGAGUACAGUUUCUACGGGAGUCAUCUGAAAAAGCAUGCAAUGAGAUUACGAAGUCAAUGAAAUCAAUUGAAUCUACUCUGCGAGACGUGCUCGAGAAACGAAAGGAUCAAGAAGAGAUAGCUAUUGCUGCAGUGAUUGAAUACGUUCGUGCUGCUAUUGAACGUGAAGUUGCCCUCCCAUUGUACAUUGAUAUCAGCCCUGAAGUAGUCAAGCGCUUUCCCGUAACAAGUGAAUUACCUGAAGACACGAUGGUUCGUAUUGACGGGAACAAAAGAUUGCUGCCUCUACCUAUCCCAAUUCCACCGCCUUGUGUGGAGGUAUCUCAUGACCUACUUCUCAAUCCUCGUCAAAGGGAUAGUCUUGAAAGCGCAUUAAUUGCUCAAACCUACAACGACUCUGGUCUUCUUCCCUAUGUCGUGGUUGUGGAAAUAAUUGCAGCGUUGCCAUCUCGCCUCAAUGCGCUCCCAAACGCCUGGCGAUGGUGCCCGCCACACGUCAUCGCAGAGAUUGUCGCACAAUUUAUUGUAAAUCAGUCGGAAUUCGUCGACGUCAAAGCUCUGAUUGAUGCUAUGAGCUCUCGUGAUGACCUGCUCCGUCAGUUCUUACCAUUUGAGCCUCAACAGGAUCUGCAAAUGCAUGAAGAAAAAGAACAAAAUCUUUUAUUGCAGCAAGAGACACCAACGAACGAUUCGGAUGCAUCAUUAUUACAAGACCAGAUAUAG